CGCUCGGAGCAUCUGCUGCCCAAGCUGCUGCUCACGGCACCGGUUAUGGAGACGCUGAAUGGCCCCGCGGGCGGCGGCGCCCCGGACGCGAAGCCACAGCCGCCUGGCCAGCACCACCGCCACCACCACCUCCACCCGUUGGCCGAGAGGAGGCGACUGCACCGCGCGCCCUCGCCCGCCAGACCCUUCCUCAAAGAUCUGCACACCCGGACCACCAUGCCGGGCCCGGCUCCGGCUGCCCCCUCGUCUGGCCGAGCCCCGACACCCGCUGCUCCACGUUCACCCAGCCUAGCGGGCAGGGCACCGCCCUCGCCCGGAUCCCUGGCCGCGCCCGGCCGCCUCUCCAGGCGAAGCGGCGGCGUCCCCGGCGCGAAGGACAAGCCGCCGCCGGGCGCUGGGGCCAGAGCGGCAGGCGGCGCCAAGGCCGCCCCAGGAACCAGGAGGGCGGCGCGCACGGUGCCUGCUGAGCCUCUGCCCCGGGCCGGGAAGCCUCCUGUGGCCGAACCCUCAUCCGCUGUUGCCAAGGGCCGCAAAUCCAAGCGCGGCUUGGGAGCAGCUCCUGGCCGCGCCAUCGGCUCCAUGCCCCUGACUGCCCCGGUUCCCGCCGUGACCCUUUCUGUGACCUCGGCUGUCGGCGCAGUGCCCCCCGGCUCGCGCAUCAGCCACACGGACAGCAGCUCAGAUCUCUCCGACUGCCCCUCUGAACCUCUGUCGGAUGAGCAGCGUCUGCUCCCCGCAGCCAGCAGCGACGCUGAGUCCGGUACCGGCUCCAGUGACCGUGAACCCCUGCGAGGAGCCCCCACGCCGAGCCCGGCAGCCCGGGGAGCACCGCCUGGCAGCCCGGAGCCUCCAGCGCUCCUCUCCGCGGUCUCCUGUCUCGGGGGCCGAAGCAGUCCAGGCGGGAUCCCCCCGGGGUCCCCGGGUCUCGGUGCGGUAGAGGAUGCUGGGGGGCGCGUGCUGCCUGAGCGACCUGUCCCUGCGAUUCUCAAGGAGCCCAGCCAGCUUGAGCAGCCCCGGCUCCUGUCGGUCCCAGUGGCGGAGGAGGAGGAGCUGCUGCGGGAGAUGGAAGAGCUGCGCUCGGAGAACGACUACCUGAAGGAUGAGUUGGAUGAACUCCGUGCUGAGAUGGAAGAGAUGAGAGAUAGUUAUUUAGAGGAAGAUGUUUACCAGGUGCAGGAACUUCGGCGAGAACUGGACCGUGCUAACAAAAACUGCCGAAUCCUGCAGUACCGUCUCAGGAAAGCAGAGCAGAAAAGCCUGAAAGUGGCAGAGACUGGGCAGGUGGAUGGUGAGCUUAUCCGAAGCCUGGAGCAGGACUUGAAGGUAGCCAAAGAUGUAUCUGUCAGAUUGCACCAUGAACUUGAGACUGUAGAGGAAAAGCGUUCGAAAGCUGAAGAUGAAAAUGAAACUCUCCGACAGCAGAUGAUUGAAGUGGAAAUAUCCAAACAGGCCCUCCAGAAUGAGCUGGAGAGAUUGAAAGAGAGUUCCCUAAAGAGAAGAGGCAGUCGGGAAAUGUUCAAAGAGAAGAAAACCUUUAACCAGGAUGACAGUGCCGAUUUGAAGUGCCAACUCCAGUUUGCCAAAGAGGAAGCUUCCCUGAUGCGCAAAAAGAUGGCCAAACUUGGGAGGGAGAAGGAUGAGCUGGAGCAGGAGCUCCAGAAGUAUAAGUCCCUGUACGGUGAUGUGGACAGUCCCCUCCCCACGGGGGAGGCCGGGGGGCCCCCCAGCACCAGAGAGGCAGAGCUGAAGCUGCGGCUGAAGUUGGUGGAGGAGGAAGCCAAUAUCUUGGGCCGGAAGAUCGUGGAGCUGGAGGUGGAGAACCGAGGCCUCAAGGCAGAGAUGGAAGACAUGCGGGUCCAGCACGAGCGGGAGGGAAUGGGCCGGGACCACGUGCCAAGCAUUCCUACCUCACCCUUUGGCGACUCCCUGGAGUCCUCCACGGAGCUCCGCCRUCACCUGCAGUUUGUGGAAGAGGAAGCCGAGCUGCUGAGGAGGUCCAUAUCUGAAAUCGAAGACCACAACCGACAGUUGACCCAUGAGCUGAGCAAGUUCAAGUAUGAGCCUCGCCAGGAGCCAGGGUGGCUUGGGGACAGCUCAUGUAAGGGUGCUGGGGCCGGGGCUCCCUUGCAGGAGGAGCUGAAAUCAGCCAGGCUGCAGAUCAAUGAGCUGAGUGGGAAGGUGCUGAAGUUGCAGUAUGAGAACCGGGUGCUGCUGUCCAAUGUCCAGCGCUGUGACCUGGCUGCCCACCUGGGGCUGCAUGCCCCCAGCCCCCGGGACAGUGAUGCUGAGAGCGACACAGGCAAGAAGGAGAGCGAUGGGGAAGAGGGCCGCCUGCCCCAGCCUAAGCGGGAAGGCCCAGUUGGCGGUGAGAGUGACUCAGAAGACAUGUUUGAGAAGACUUCAGGCUUUGGGAGUGGGAAACCAUCAGAGGCUAGUGAGCCAUGUCCAGCAGAGCUCCUGAGGGCCCGGGAGGACACCGAGUGCCUGGCAACCAUAAAGCACGAGGCCCAGCGGCUAGAGCGAUCCGUGGAGCGCCUCAUCACAGACACUGAUGGCUUCAUCCAUGACUCAGGGCUGCAGGGCAGCAGCUUGGCCUCACAUGGUGUCCAGGGUGAGGGCGAGAGGGGUGAGGGGGCCCAGAGUGAACCCCACCUUCUGGGGACCAUCAAUGUGAAGAUGAAGGCUUUCAGGAAAGAGCUGCAGGCCUUUCUGGAACAGGUGACCCGGAUUGGGGACGGCCUGUCACCCUUGCCCCACCUCACAGAGUCUUCCAGCUUCCUCUCCACCAUGACCUCCGUGUCCCGGGACUCCCCCAUCGGGAACCUGGGGAAGGAGCUAGUCCCAGAAUUGCAGUCCAAACUGAGAGACCAGCUGGAGUGGCAGCUUGGUCAGGAACGAGGGGAUGACCGAGAAAGCCUUCGCCUCCGAGCCACACGGGAGCUGCACCGUCGGGCUGACGGGGAUGCAGGGAGCCACCGGGCAGGAGGCCAGAGCUGCUUCAACCUAGAGCUCAGGGGYCCCCCUGUUUUACCUGAGCAGAGUGUAUCGAUAGAAGAGCUACAGGGUCAGCUCGUGCAGGCGGCCAGACUGCAUCAAGAGGACACAGAGACAUUUACAAACAAGAUCCGUAAGAUGGAGGAGGAGCACCUCUAUGCCUUGAGGUGGAAGGAGCUGGAAAUGCACAGCCUGGCUUUGCAGAACACCCUCCAUGAGCGAAACUGGAGUGAUGAGAAGAACCUGCUGCAGCAGGAGCUCCGGUCCUUGAAGCAGAACAUCUUCCUCUUCUAUGUCAAACUCAGGUGGUUGCUGAAACAUUGGCGGCAAGGGRAGCAGAUGGAGGAGGGAGGAGAGGAUUUUACGGAGGGUGAGCAUCCAGAGACCCUCUCUGAGCUUGGUGAGCUUGGAGUCAAGGGGAAUCACCAAGUGGAUGGACCAGACCAAGAUGAUGGUGACCAAGGCUCUGGCUUUCCAGUGGGGGAGUGUUCCCCACAUGUCCCCGUGCAGCUUGGUGAUCAUGGAUCACGGCUACAGGCUGUGGAUGGGGGACCACUCCACAGGCAGGUGGUGGAAAACCAGCAGCUGUUCAGCGCCCUCAAGGCCUUGCUAGAGGACUUUCGUUCGGAGCUGCGGGAAGAUGAGCAUGCCCGGCUGCGGCUGCAGCAGCAGUAUGCCAGCGACAAGGCCGCCUGGGACAUGGAGUGGGCCAUGCUCAAGUGCCGCUUGGAACAGCUGGAAGAAAAGACUGAGAAGAACUUAGGAGAGCUUGAYUCCUCCACCGAGAGCAAAGGGGCCUUGAAGAAGGAGAGGGAGGUGCACCAGAAGCUUCUGGCUGACAGCCAUGGCCUGGUUAUGGACCUGCGCUGGCAGAUUCAUCACAGUGAGAAGAACUGGAACCGAGAGAAGGUAGAACUUCUCGAUCGCCUGGACAGGGACCGUCAGGAAUGGGAGCGGCAGAAGAAGGAUCUCUUGUGGAAGAUAGAACAGUUGCAGAAAGAGAACAGUCCUCGGAGAGGUGGCAAUUUCCUAUGUGAUCAAAAAGAAGGAAACGUCCGUUCCUUUCCCCAUCAAGGAGGGCUCCGCAUGCCCCGUCCCAUGGCGAUAUGGCCCUGUGCAGACACUGACUCUAUACCGUUUGAAGACCGGCCGCUGUCCAAGCUGAAGGAGUCGGAUAGGUGCUCUGCCAGUGAGAACCUCUAUUUGGACGCCUUGUCCCUGGAUGAUGAGCCAGAGGAGCUGCUACCCCACAGGCCUGAGAGGGACUUCAGGAACUGCCUCUCUGAGGAAGAAGAAAAUCACAAGGGAAAUCUUCAAAGGGCGGUAUCUGUGUCCUCCAUGUCUGAAUUCCAGCGCCUGAUGGAUGUCUCCCCCUUCCUGCCCGAGAAGGGCCUGCCAUCUGCCAGUAGCAAAGAAGAUGUCACCCCACCCCUGUCUCCUGAUGAUUUCCGCUACAUUGAAGAGUUCAACAGCAAGAGCUGGGACUACACACCCUCCAGGACUGGGACAGAGAGGCCUCCGGACCUCUGGACAGACAGGACCGAAGGGGUGCGGGCAGGGCAUGAGGCCAAUGCAGAGCCUUUCUCUGAUUCCUCCUGGUACCUGACCACGAGUGUCACCAUGACCACAGAUACCAUGACCAGCCCAGAGCACUGCCAGAAGCAACCACUUCGGAGCCACAUCCUCACUGAACAAGCAGGGGUGCGCGUGCUUCACAGCCCACCUGCUGUCCGCAGGGUUGAGAGCAUCAUGACAGGCGGAGAAAGCAGGAGCCGACUGGAACCCGAGGGCCCCUUUCCCACGAGCAGAGUCAGAGGGGGCCUGGGAGAUGUCAAGGGGGGUCAUCCAGAAUCUGUGCUCAGCAGGUGGCCCUGUGCCUCCUCUAGACACACCCGAGACUAUGUGGAGGGGGCUCUCUGCACCUCCCUGGGGUUCGCCUCCCCAUUGCACAGCUUGGAUAUGUCCAAGAACAUGAGUGAUGACAUGAAGGAGGUAGCCUUCUCUGUCAGGAAUGCCAUCUGCUCUGGUCCCACUGAGCCACAAGUCAAGGACAUGGCCUGCCAGACCAAUGGGUCCCGGACAACAGGGACACAGACUGUCCAGACCAUUAGUGUGGGCCUACAGACUGAAGCCCUUCGUAAUAGCGGUGUCACCAGCAGUCCCCAUAAGUGUCUCACGCCAAAGGCUGGGGGUGGUGCCACACCUGUGUCCUCUCCUUCCCGUAGCCUGAGGAACAGGCAGGUGGCCCCCGCCAUAGAGAAGGUACAGGCCAAGUUUGAGCGUACCUGCUGCUCUCCAAAGUAUGGUUCUCCCAAGCUACAGAGGAAGCCCCUUCCCAAAGCCGACCAGCCAAAUAGCAGGAACUCACCAGGGGUGGCCCAGAAAGGGUACAGUGAGUCAGCCUGGGCCCGUUCCACCACCACUAGGGAGAGCCCCGUGCACACCACCAUCAACGAUGGUCUCUCCAGCCUCUUCAACAUCAUCGACCACAGCCCUGUGGUACAGGACCCCUUCCAGAAGGGGGCACGGGCUGGGAGUAGGUCUCGCUCUGCAGAACCCAGACCAGAGCUGGGCCCAGGCCAAGAAACAGGAACCAGUUCCCGAGGAAGGUCACCCAGCCCCCUUGGGACAGGCACAGAGACAUGCAGGGAAGAAGGGGGAGAGGGCACACCGGUGAGGCAGGACUUAUCCGCUCCCCCUGGCUAUACACUCGCUGAGAGUGUGGCCCGGAUCCUCAACAAGAAGCUGUUGGAGCAUGCCUUAAAGGAAGAAAGGAGGCAGGCCACCCCCGGCCCCCCAAGUCUGACCAGCGACAACCACGUAGGAGAAGCAGUCACGGCUGAACCAGGGUCCAUGGAGGAACUGCCUUGCCCUGCACUAGCGCCAUCCCUAGAGCCCUGCUUCUCCAGGCCCGAGAGACCAGCAAACCGUCGUCCUCCAUCCCGUUGGGCAACACCUUCUCCCACUGCCUCACAGUCUCAGCCAUCCGGAGACCAGACCUCCUUGGAGGAACACGGUGACGAGGAUCCCCUGGAGGAAAUGCCACACCCGUGAUGCAAGCUUGCAUGGAUUAUCACAGAAUAAUUCACUGUAAUUUGCAUAGCCACACCAUCUUCACAACCAAACUCUGCCCCAAAGGAGAGAUCUAGUUUUCUCAAGGUCAAAGAAUGUUUUUUUUUAAAAAAACACACAGCUGCUGAAUGUCCAAACCUGUGAAACUGAGAUGUUUCUAGAAUGAAACAGCAAAUGUGCCUGUAAUAACUUAAUUUUUUUCAUAGCUCAGAAAACUAUUUUUGUCUCCAUCUUUUUUACACACAGUAUAUUAAAAAAAAGAAAAACAGGUAAAUAUGGUAUAAAUAGAUAUAAAAAUAUAAAAGUUUUAAAAAAAUGUACAUUUUAAGAGAUUCUGAACACCCUUGCUCUCAAUCCUGACUGCCUCUCUGUUAAAUUUGCACUGUUCUGUUUUGGUUGGGUUUAUCUCCAUGUUGAACUUAGAGUGUUUUAAGUUAAUUUUAUUUUGUCAAUGUUAACAAUUUUUUAGGAAUUUUUAAAAAUGCUUCAGACUGUCUGAUUCAGUGAACUUUUUGUAGUGAAAAAGCCAUGGAACCAGUAGACAAGACAGAUGUUCYGGAAACUGGAGGGAUGCAGGUCAAUGUUUUUGAGAAGGCACAGAAUCCUCAGACGGGCGUAGAAAAUUCUCUGUAUAGUCCACAUAUUAGUCUGCCCGAGUGCACGUCUUCGGGUGCAUGUACAUAUGCUGCUGUCCUCUCCCUCACCUAAGUGUGUGUCUGUCUGGCCCACUGUAAUUGUGAAGUUCCUUGUACUGUACUAUUAUUGUUGGUCCCCUUGCAUUGAUGAGAUAACAGCACCAUUUUUAAAUUAUUGUUAAAAGAUUAACCGGCAAUGUACAGAGUUCACUCAGAAUUUUCUUGUUUAAGGAAAACACUGCAAAAUCAUGAGGAUACCAAAUUGAGACAAACGGUGGUGCCUCUGAGWCUGUCUGAGACCAUGAUGAAGUAGAAAUAAAAGCC